AUGUUCAGUCCAUUUCGUUCUCUCUCGCUCGUUCUCUCUCUCCCGUUCUCUCUCUCCCGUUCUCUCUCUCCCGUUCUCUCUCUCCCGUUCUCUCUCGCUCGUUCUCUCUCUCCCAUUCUCUCUCCCGUUCUCUCUCGCUCGUUCUCUCUCUCCCGUUCUCUCUCUCCCGUUCUCUCUCUCCCGUUCUCUCUCUCCCGUUCUCUCUCUAUCGUUUUCUCUCUCUCGUUCUCUCUCUCGUUCUCUUUCUCGUUCUCUCUCGUUUUCUUUCUCUCUCGUUUUCUCUCUCUCUCUCUCUCUCUCUCUCUCUCUCUCUCUCUCUCUCUCUCUCUCUCUCUCGUUCUCUCUCUCUCUCUUUCUUUCUCUCUCUCUCUCUCUCUCUCUCUCUCUCUCUCUCUCUCUCUCUCUCUCUCUCUCUCUCUCUCUCUCUCUCUCUCUCUCUCUCUUUCGUUCUCCCUCUCUCUUGUUCCCUCUCUCUCGUUCUCUCUCUCGUUCUCUCUCUCGUUCUCUCUCUCUCUCUCUCUCUCUCUCUCUCUCUCUCUCUCUCUCUCUCUCUCUCUCUCUCUCUCUCUCUCUCUCUCUCUCUCUCUCUCUCUCGUUCCGUCUCUGUCGUUCUCUCGUUCUCUUUUGUCAAAUCUCUCGUUCGUUCUCUCUCGUUCGUCCACUCUCUCGUUCUCGCUCUCUCGUCCUCUCUCUCUCUCUCUCUCUCUCUCUCUCUCUCUCUCUCUCUCUCUCUCUCUCUCUCUCUCUCUCUCUCUCUCGCUCUCGCUCUCGCUCUCGGUCUCCGUUCUCUAA